AUGGAUCGACAUCUUCGCGUCGUGGGAGAAGAAGCGAAGCUAUCUCGGCGUCGUCCAUCACUUCUUCAUCACCUAUCCUCUGUCCAUCUUGGCCAUGCUUCUGCCUUUCUUUCUGGUUCAUCUACAUCCAGAACUCAUUCAUUCAUAUUUCUUCUAGCUCUUCACAUUUCAAUGGCACUUCUUGGUUCUCUACGGAGCCUGGUACAUCUACGAUCGCAACUCUCCAAAAACGGGCGGUUAUCGUUCGGAUUGGUGGCAGAAGUACGUUUCAAUCAGUGGUAAUUUCUCUAAAAAGUUCUUAUUUUGUUUUCAGCUUGUUGAGUGAUUAUCAAGAGUCCGUUUUUGAAUGAUCUUUGAAAGGUCGCACGUGGAAUGGCUGAAAGCGGAACGUUUAAAAUAGCCGCCGAUUUGACGUAGCUUGAAAGGCUUGCCCUUAGCAUUUUUAUGUCUCUUUGCGCAAACUGUUUUGGAGUCGGGUGCGCUCAAAACCAGGGUCAUUUCACGUUCAAAUUUUGCUUUUAAAUUUUUUAAAUUAACUUCCAAGUGAAGAUUUUUUUAGAAAGUGACGCACUUUCCAGAUUUUUUCGAUGAAAAUGAAAUAUUUUACAGACUUCGAGUUCACGACUGGUUUGCCGAAUAUUUUUCCCAUCACCCUGCACAAAAACUGUUGAUUUGACGCCAGAAAACGUUAGCUUUUUCGAACUUGACUUUUUCAUUUCAAGAGAAAAAUCAGUAGUUAAAAAAAGGAAAUUUUUUUCACCAAAAAGCAACUUUUUCUUCAGGAUGAUUUGCGUGUUUUCCUGAACUUUUCUUUUUCAAAUUCUAAUAAAUUGAACUUGUAGAACUACUUGAUCGGCUGCCACCCUCAUGGAAUCAUCGCCAUGGCGGCUUGGGCCAACUUUGCCACCAAUGGAACAAAAGCUCAUGAAAAGGUCUGUUUAAUUCACAAAUGGAAGAUAAAGACCUCAAUUUCAGUUCCCAGGUAUUCAGUUCAACCUGUGCACCCUGCCUGUCAACUUCAAGCCGAUGAUCAGGUUUCAAUUUUUUUUUUUUGGGACUGUUAAGGGGUUUUUAGGUCAACAACAGAAGUUCAAUAAGACUUGAUUCGAAAUUUUAAAGUAGUCCAUUAUAUUAAGAGUCGAGGUUCUAGCUAUAUCCUGGAUAAAGCUUCCAGAAAAAAAUUGCACAUGAUCCAGUAAAUUUUUAAGAGCUGAAUAACUUCCACAUGAAUAUUUUAUCAAUCAGUAGAAAAGAAACAGAGAAAAUAAGUAAGAGGAAGUAAAAGUACGUCAGAACUUUCUUGAUAAGUUGUGUAAGUGUGUUGUGCAGCUGUGCUCUUUUCAGCAAAUCUUCGUUUUCAGAAGAGAAAUGAUCCUGCUGAGCGGCUGCAUCGACAGUUCUCGCGAGAGCAUCGAGUACGUUCUGGACAAAACACACGAAAAAGGCCGCGCCGUGGUUCUAGUCAUCGGUAGGUGCUGCACUCGUCGGCCUUGACGCGGUAGAUGAUCAGGUGGAGCCGAAGAAGCCCUCGACGCGCACCCCGGCUACCACACCCUCACCCUCGAGUCCCGGAAAGGCUUCGUCCGCGAGGCUCUUCUCACCGGAGCUCAUCUUGUUCCCGUCUACUCCUUCGGUGAAAACGAGGUCUUCAACCAGGUAAACUCCGUUUUUCCUUCUUUUCCCACUCUGAAAACUUCAGAUGGAAAACCCGAUUGGUUCGAAGCUCCGCAAAUUCCAAGAGUGGUCCAAGAAGCUGUUCGGCAUCUCCUACCCAAUUUUCCAUGGUCGAGGAUUCUUCCAGGUUUUUUUUUCUCUCAAUUAUGUCGUUUUUUCAAAAAGGGAUUGGUAGUCAUAAAAUCCGGAUUCCGAAGCUUCCUGAAAAAAAAAACCCCGAAAGGCCUUUUUUUCAAAAUACGAAAUGAAGCUAUAUAAUUGAAAAAUAGAAUCAGAAAUUUGUAAAUGUUUUCUUUUUCAUAAAAGCUCAAUAGAAACUAAAUAUUUCAUUUAUUUUUUUCAAAAAUCUUCCUAACUUCGGUUAGUUUUUGUUGCAGUCGUCUAGUUCUGGGUUAAACAAUCAAUUAACAGAAUUCUUAACGAAUUUUCGUUUUUUAGAAGCUUCGAGUUAGCUAUAAAAUGAUUUUGAAAGCCAUCUUUUUUUUUAAAUGAAAAUCGAAUCAAUUGAAAGAAGAAAUUUGUGCAGAUGACAUUUGGAUAUCUGCCUUUCCGGAAGCCGAUCGACACUGUGGUAGGGGCGCCGAUCCCCGUCCAGAAAGUGGAAAAGCCGACGCGAGAACAGAUCGACGAGCUCCACCAGAAGUACGUCCACGCGCUGAGCAAGCUCUUCAACGAGCACAAAGGCCGAUUCGGCGUCCCUCCCUACGUCCAACUCACCCUCAAGUAA